AUGAGCGAGCUUGAGGCGCGCGAUUUCAUGGGCGCCGUAGACUCCUUCGCCCAGCUGCCCUUCAUCCGACCAACCGGCCCGAAACCCACUUCCAGCGGCAACGCCUCGGCCAUCCGCCUCUUCGGGAUCGAAGUCCCUCAUUGCCGCAGCACCGAAGACGACACCGCCACCACCGCCAAAGACCACUCGACCAUCACCAACAUAUCGACAACCAACACCGCCACCGCCAUAGCCGCUGCCGCAUCCUCCGCCGUUAAUAACGGAGGAGGAGGGGAGAGCGCGCGCAAGUUCGAGUGCCACUACUGCUGCCGCCAAUUCCCGACCUCGCAAGCUCUAGGCGGGCACCAAAACGCCCACAAGCGGGAGCGCCAGCACGCCAAGCGGGCCCACCUCCAGGCCCACCACGCCGCAUGGGCCGUCGACGGCCGCCACCACUUCUACGGCCUCUUCAACUACCACCACCACCACCACCAAACCGUCGCCGUGCCAUCCCCUCCGUUCCACGCCGCUACCGGUUUCCACGACGGGCUGUCCCCCGUGGGCCAUCCCAUCGGCGGAGGCACCUGGCGGCCAAUCUGGCGCCACCACGGCGCGGUGCCCGGCCUGGACUCACCGAUCCCGGCGAUCCCAUUGAUGACAAGAGGAGGAGGAGGAGGAGGAGGGGGAGAUCAAGCAAUGGAUCCUCGAGGAAGAGGAGGCGGUCACUUUGUUGUGAACAAUAACGGCUUGAUCGCCGCUUCUUCUUCUCCAUCUGCGUCUCCUUCGAAAAGCCAAUUGGGGUUCCAGUUCAUGCCAAACGCCAAGGAAAGCCUCAGUUUGGAUUUACGGCUGUGAUUAUUCCUAUUUUCGGUUCUGGGGAUCGAAGAUAUUCAACUAAAAUCAUUUUCAACGAUAAUAAAUUCAAGCCAUUUUAUUGCAACGAGAGUGCGCAGGUCAUCACGACGUCACAACAACCACAGUUGAACAGCAACAAACACGACCC